AUGAGCAUGAGUAUGAGUAUGAGCACCACCAUCCUGCACUACCAGCUCCAGCGCGGUGUCUUCGUCCCUCUGACACCACCGGAUAGUAGUGUUAUUGAACAGAACCAGAACCAGAACCAGAACCAGAACCAGCAUUCUGUUACCACGGCUACUGCCGCUGGAAGGAAAGAGAGAGAGAAUCUGAAUCUGGAUCAGAACGAGAAUCAGAACGAGAAUCGGGACAGGGCCAGGGACGACUUCUUUCAAGUUGAUUCGGGUCUGGAUUUCGAUACCAUGAUGAUGAUGAGGCAGUACGCUUCAGCUUCACCCUCGGAGCUGCAACCACAGCUGCAGCUGCAAUCACAGCUAGAGCUAGAGCCGGAUUUCAGUCGUUUGCCUGCUGGCGGUGGUGGUGGUGGUGGUGGUGGUGAGGCGGAGGGGGAGAUGGAGAUGGAGAUGGAGAGUCACUUUUUUGUGGUUGAAGAAGAGGAGGGAGAUGGAGGAGGUUUUGUUGAUGUACAUGUACUUGGACAGAGGGGUGGUCAGGGAAGGGAGAGUGAAUUGGAUGUUUGGAGGAAGGGGGUUCAGGGCGCGAAUGCGUCGAGGUCGGGGUCUGUGCCUGGUUUGGAUAGAGCUCUCCUAGAAGCCGCCCUCUCACCACUCUCCUCUCCAAUAUAUCCCUGGGAUACCGAGACCCAGACCCAGACACAGACUCGUACUCAAACACCAAUCCAAACCCAUCCAAGUCAAAUCCUCCACCAGCCCCAACCUCAACCACACACACCCCUCCAAUUCGUAACAGGCGCAGCAGCAGCCAUGGACGCUCAAGACCAGCACCAAGACUACUACCAACACCAACACCCACACCAACACGCCGCCACGACCCCAACCCAACCCUACUACACCACCGCCUCUUCAUCCAACACUCCUCACCCACACCCACACUCACACCCACACCCACACCACCACCACCCCGGCUUCGUCCCCAUCUACACCCAACACCACACCCAACCAACCACCUACACCGCGUACCCUGGGGGCGGCGGCGGACCCCCAUCCAGCAGCUCCUCCCCCCGAACGGCAUCGUACCCGACGUCCGAAGGCGGCGACCCGGAAGCCGACCUCAAGCGGCUGCGCAACACGGCGGCCAGCGCGCGGUUCCGCGCCAAGAAGAAGCAGCGCGAGCAGACGCUCGAGCAGCAGGCGCGGGAGAAGAGGCAGGCGCUGGAGAAGCUGGAGAGCCGCAUCCGGGAGCUGGAGCAGGAGAAUCGGUUUUUGAAGGGGUUGAUUGUGGGGCCGAAGGAGGAGGAGUUGAAGGCAUUGAAGAAACAAAGAGACCAAGUCAUUGAAGGAGAUAGGAAAGGUGUCGAACACAAGGAUGGCGUGGGAACAGAUUGA